CUCCUGCCUUCUCUCCUUUUCUCGUUCUCUCUUACUCUCAUUUCACCCCUCACUCUCCAGCUAAAAAGAAAAAGGAAAAUAACAGAAAUAAACAAAACCUCUCUCCCCGAGAAAAGAUGGGGACGUUGGGCAAAGCGAUCUACACCGUUGGAUUCUGGAUUCGCGAGACGGGACAGGCCAUCGAUCGCCUCGGCUGCCGCCUCCAAGGCAAAUAUUACUUCCAAGAGCAGUUAUCGAGGCACCGGACGCUUAUGAAUGUAUUUGACAAAGCCCCUGUCGUUGAUAAGGAUGCUUUUGUGGCUCCAAGUGCAUCUGUCAUCGGAGAUGUUCAUGUGGGACAGGGAUCAUCAAUUUGGUAUGGAUGCGUUUUGAGAGGUGAUGUGAACAGCAUAAGUGUGGGAUCUGGAACUAAUAUUCAAGACAAUUCCCUUGUGCAUGUGGCAAAAUCUAAUCUAAGUGGGAAGGUCUUACCAACUAUCAUUGGAGACAAUGUUACUGUGGGUCAUAGUGCUGUCAUACAUGGAUGCACCGUCGAGGAUGAGGCUUUUGUGGGUAUGGGCGCAACCUUGCUUGAUGGAGUGGUUGUGGAGAAACAUGCCAUGGUUGCUGCUGGAGCCCUCGUGAGGCAGAACACGAGGAUCCCAUGUGGCGAGGUAUGGGGAGGUAACCCAGCGAAAUUUCUUAGAAAGCUGACAGAGGAAGAGAUAGCUUUCAUCUCUCAAUCAGCUACCAACUAUACCAACUUAGCCCAGGUACAUGCUGCUGAGAAUGCCAAGACCUUUGAUGAGAUUGAAUUCGAAAAGUUGCUGCGCAAGAAGUUUGCUCGCCGAGAUGAGGAGUAUGACUCGAUGCUAGGUGUUGUUCGUGAGGUGCCUCCGCAGCUGAUUCUUCCUGAUAAUAUCCUUCCAGAGAAAUCGGUGAAGGCUACUUAAUGAGUCUCCUGUGGUAAAAUCUUCUUUGCAAAUUGGCAUCAUCAUGGAAUAUUGCUGUUACAAGCAGAUGGGCAAAUGUUCUUUUGGUUUUUUUUUCCAAUAAUUUUUGGGGUCGAGCCAGUUUUAGGAUCGAUCAUGUGUACUUUCCCAAAAUUGGAUUACCUUUUCCUUCUGCUCUAGUUUCUCCAAAGCUCAAAUGUUCCUUUUUAGGAAAAUGGUGAAACAUUGCAAAUGUUACUUUGAUGUUCCUGUCUAUUUCAGCUAUGUUUAUGCA